UCCGCGGCGCCGCUGCCGGUGAGGGUGCGUGGCUGAGGCGGCGGCCGCGUCCCGCAGGGCCAUGGCGUACGACGAGCGGCUGGCCCGCUUCCGCCAGGCGCACCUCAACCCCUUCGACAAGGCCUCCGAGCCGCCGCCGCCGGAGCGGCCCGACGGGGGGGACCCGGACCCAGGCCAGCGGCUGGACCCGUCUUCGGGGGACCCCGAGAGCGCCCUGGACCUGGGCCUGGCCGAGGACCACUUCUCCCGCCCCGUGGGCCUGAUCCUGGCGUCGGACGUGCAUCAGCUGCGCCAGGCCAUCGAGGAGUGCAAGCGGGUGAUCCUGGCGCUGCCUGAGCACUCGGAGCAGCAGAAGGACGCCGUGGUGCGGCUCAUCCACCUCCGCCUCAAGCUGCAGGAGCUGAAGGACCCCGGCGAGGAUGAGCCCAACAUCCGGGUGGUGCUGGAGCAUCGCUUCUACAAGGAGAAGAGCAAGAGCGUGAAGCAGAUGUGUGACAAGUGCAGCACCAUCAUCUGGGGCCUCAUCCAGACCUGGUACACCUGCACAGGCUGCUACUACCGGUGCCAUAGCAAGUGCCUGCCGCUGGUGAGCAAGCCCUGUGUGCGGGCCAAGGUCAGCCAUCAGGCCGAGUACCAGCUCAGCAUCUGCCCCGAGAGCGGGCUGGACAGCCAGGACUACCGCUGCGCCGAGUGCCGGGCCCCCGUCUCCCUCCGGGGGGUGCCCAGCGAGGCCCGGCAGUGCGACUACACCGGCCUCUACUACUGCAGCAGCUGCCACUGGAACGACCUGGCCGUUGUGCCCGCCCGCGCCAUCCACAACUGGGACUUCGAGCCCCGCAAGGUGUCGCGCUGCAGCAUGAGGUACCUGGCGCUGAUGGUGUCACGGCCUGUGCUGAAGCUGCGGGAGAUCAACCCACUGCUCUUCAACUACGUGGAGGAGCUGGUGGAGAUCAGGAAGCUGCGCCAGGACAUCCUGCUCAUGAAGCCCUACUUCAUCACCUGCAAGGAGGCGAUGGAGGCACGACUGCUGCUGCAGCUGCAGGACCGGCAGCACUUUGUGGAGAACGACGAGAUGUACUCGCUGCAGGACCUCAUUGACAUCGAGGCCGGGCGCCUGAGCUGCUCCCUCACUGAGAUACACACCCUCUUUGCCAAGCACAUCAAGCUGGACUGCGAGCGCUGCCAGGCCAAAGGGUUCGUCUGUGAGCUCUGCAAGGAGGGCGACGUCCUCUUCCCCUUCGACAGCCACACCUCGGUCUGCACUGACUGCUCCGCCGUCUUUCACAGGGACUGCUACUACGACAACUCCACCACCUGCCCCAAGUGCGCGCGGCUGAGCCUGCGCAAGCAGUCCCUCUUCCAGGACUCCACCAUGGAGGCAGAGCCCUGAUGGGGGGAGCUGGGCCCCACGGCCACCCCAUGGCACCCUGAGACAGACAUAGGCACCCCCCAGGUGCUUGGGCGCCAGGGUGGCUCCUGGCUCCAGGACCCUCUGCCUGUGGGGACAGCAGCGCUGGGGGCCCUGAGGGAUGAGAGGGGAUGGGGUGUGGGGGGGUCACUGCAGACCCCAGCUGCCCCUCAGAGGGGGAAACAGGACCCCAUUGGUGACCCACAGCAGCUCCCAGCACUGAUCCCACCCACAGCAGAAGUGCCUGGAGCUCAGGGGCAGGGGCGGGUGCAGGCAAGGCGGGGGUCCUGUGUUAUGGGACAGUGUUACUGGCAGAGCCAGAGCCGCCGCUGCACCACGACCAGCCUGAGCCGAGCUCCCACGGGCUGGGCAGGGCGGCGGGAGCCAAGGGAAGCCCUCUUCCACGGACACACGUUACUGGGAUAGCACUGCUAAGUCGGGGACAACACCCGGGUUUCCUGUAGCAUCAACGAGCCUCUGUUCAACACA